AAGUCGCGUUUUUAAUUGCUGCUUACAUUGAUGUGCAAAGAAAACGACCCUGAAAAAUCAUGCUCAGCACAAGGUGUUCACCGUUUCGAUAGUUAAAAUCAGCACAACUCGCGGUUGGAUUGGAGCGGACGGAUCGGAUUAUAUGUGACCUAGAUUAUUGUUUUCGUCACAGGGACCAGCCUAGCUUGGAGACUGCGGAGAAGGCAGUGAAUCUUAGCACAAUUUAGGAUCUCAUUCAGAAAUCAACCACACUUCCGCAUUUCUGUUUUCGAGACUAGAAUGGCGACUUACAAUAAUCCGCACUGGUUGCUGUCCCACAUUCGAAACUCAUUCAUCUCCACAGACGACACCGGUUUGAGUGAGACGGUGAUGAUGCUAGAGGACAUUCCAGCCCAGUAUGCCCAGUUGCACAAACAGGCAGUACAAUCUACCAGCGAGCGGCCGGAAACGCCUCGCGAGGAAGCAAGGUUAGCGGAAAGAGAACCGAUUGUAAGUUAUGACGAUUUUUACUGCUAUCCGGGACUCGAUGAUUCGGACGAUGAUGAAGCAGAUUCUCUGUCACAAUCGUACGAAAUUCAAAUGGACCAAGAAGUAGGUUUUCACCGACAGCGUUCUAAUACAGACCAGAAGCUAGAGAGGCUUGAGAUAGCCAGAAGAAAAGCAGCAAGAAUAAAAAAUAUUAAGUAUGAGACGGCGGUUCAACGCGGCGACGACGGAGAUGAUGAGUUGUUUGUACGGAAGGAAGUUAAACUGGUAGACGACGAGGAACGAACGUCGAUGUUAACGAAACAGUUAGAAACUUACCCCAAAAUACCGCAGAAUAAAUUUCUCGAGUAUGCCAAAUACGAUGGAACUUCGCAAACGGAGGUACCAACAAAAACGUUCAAGAUUUUUCUUGGUAUGAUGCCGGAGGAACAGCAACGAUCAUAUCCGGUUACAGUUUGUGUCACUGCUACUGCCAAAAUCCAGGAUUUUAUAGGUUUAAUUUGUUAUAAGUGUAGUUUAGCGUAUCCCGAUGUAAGUUUGCGGUCUGUCCGACAUUACGGUCUUUUCAUGACGGAGGAAGAUGGAGAAAUAGAUUUAGAUUUCCCCGCCUUGGACGUUAACGAACAGUGUUCAAAGUUUUGCUUCACGCAUUUGGCGCUGGCUGAAAGGAAGCCGUCAGAGCUACAAACCCAAACUAGUUUGAGCGGCUCAUCGGUAAUUCGAAGUGAGCAACGUACUCGAUCAAUAACUUCCGAAUUAGGAGAACCAAGCUGGCAAAGCGCUUAUCGAACAGAGGAAACCUCUGCCACUGAAACUAGGAUGUUGACCCCGCAGCAGAAAAAGGAUCUUGACAAGAUGCAAGGACAUACCUCAAAACUGGAAGCCCCACAGUACCGAUCGUUCCAUGUUUCUAUUAUCCAUAAAGCACGAUUAAAAACAGAAGUGCAGCUUGGCAUAUCCGGCGACAAGCUCGAAAUCGAUCCGGUCCAGCAAAAAUCUGCCGCUAAAUUUUGGCCCCGUCAGAAGUCUGCUAACCACAGUAUGGAUUCAAUAGCUCAUUGUUCAUUGGUCGAAAGAAAAACUUCAAAAGCAGUACUGAGGAUAGUUUACAGUGCCACAUCCUAUCCGCAAGGUUUAUCUGCUUCAUCUGGAACUGAAUUUGUCAUGUCCAGUCCGACAAUUCGACAGCAGCAACAAUCGGGACAAACAGCUCUUUUCAAGCAUUACGACAUUGAAACCGAUCCUGCCACGGCACAGGAGAUCGUGGAAAAAAUCAACAAUAUCCUCGAGGUCCGAUCUAGUCCGGUGCGACGAGAAUACAUUGCAAGUCGAAGCGGCGCCCGUUGAAGUGUCGGGAUCCUCUUUCGUCAUCAGAUAGAUCAACCAAAUACCCGCCAGCCAGCAAACGUCCCUUGUAGAUAUCCUCAUCGAACAAUUCACUGCCAGUCCUUCGAAACAGAUUAUUUAUUUUUCCAAACCCAUUCAUUCCCCCCGUUCACUUUUCUAUACGCUCGUUACAUAGUUCCUCUGUAUUUUUAAAAGAAAUAGUUUUUAAAGUUAAAGCCUUAGUUGAGGUCGUCUACCGAGCGUUGGCGCGUUGGACGCAUUGGAAGGAACGCUGGACGGAAUGGUUUGGCAAUCAGGAAGAUUGCCAUUAGAGUAGGCAGUUUCCAGCGUGGUUUUGCGGAAUAACUAUUAUAAACAAAAGGUGAAAAGUGUCCGUUUGUAUUGAAAUUACUGGUUACGUAACUCGAGGCACUUAGGCCCUUCGAGUUCGAUGUAAAUGGUUACUCCACGAUUAAAUUCUUGAGAAUCGAACUUUGGUUAACUACUGAGCAUUAUUACAGUAGAAGUAGAUACAGUUUACUUAUCCUCCGACAACAACCGAUAAAUAACUCAC